CUGGAGAGCCGGAAGUGUUGGUUUCUCCAAAGCAGUCGCAGGUUUUUAAGCUGAAGUUGUUGAUAAAUAAACUCACCAGGACGAACCGAAAUCAGCAGAUAUUUCAGAGUCUGUACACCUGAAUGCUGACCUUCUCUUCACUGACCCUUAAAUAUUAAACUGGACGGGACGGAAAGCAGCUGUCGGCUUCAGUAAGACUAACCCAAGUCAACUGAACCUCAGUUAUGCCUGUGAAAAAGAAAAGAAAGUCGUCCGGAUCCGAAGACCCAAGCAUCAGAAAGAACAAAAUCACCAGUUACUGUCGGACACAAACUCCAGGACGGCUGCUUAACACAGAUGACCAGUUCUCUAGCAAGAAAUGUCUCGCCUGGUUUUAUGAAUAUGCAGGUUCAGAUGAUAUCGUCGGCCCGGAGAGCAUGGAGAAGUUCUGUGAGGACAUCUGCGUGGAGCCAGAAAACAUUGUUAUGUUAGUUUUAGCCUGGACACUUGAAGCAACAAAUAUGGGAUUUUUCACCAAAGAAGAGUGGCUGAAAGGGAUGACGUCACUACAUUGCGACUGCACUGAGAGAUUACAGGGCAAGCUGGAUUACAUGCGCUCUCAGCUGAACGACCCGGUUUUAUUCAAGAACAUUUACAGAUACGCCUUCGACUUCGCCAGGGAUAAAGAUCAGCGCAGUCUUGAUAUGGACACUGCAAAAUCCAUGUUGGCACUUCUCCUCGGAAGGACGUGGCCUCUGUUCCCAGUUUUCCACCAGUUUCUGGAGCAAUCAAAGUAUAAAGUCGUGAAUAAAGACCAGUGGUGCAACGUCCUGGAGUUCAGCCGCACGGUUAACACAGACCUGAGCAACUAUGAUGAAGACGGAGCUUGGCCAGUGAUGCUGGAUGAGUUUGUGGAGUGGAAUAAAGUCAGAAUUGCAUUAUAGCGCAAGCAGACGCUGGAUUCAAGCACAUCAGAGUUUUGUUGUUUUUCGGUGUGUGACCCAGACGUCUCGAGGACUGCUUCAGCAUGUCCCCAUCACAACCCAGAGACUCUUACAGUGUUACUUUAAAAGAAAAGGGCACAGAGGAAUCACAAGACGAAAGGGGAAAUAUUUUUCUUAUGUAUUAAAUUUGUUGCAGCAGAUCUGUUGCGAGUGUUGUAUGAA